AUGGCGGCGGCGCGGAGGCGGCGCUUCAGCCCGCCCGCCCAAUCGGAAGGGGGGCAGCCAGUCGAGCGACACCCCCGCCGCCCAAUGGCGCCGCCGCGAAGGGCGGGCCUCGGGGGAGGGCUGUUUAAACGCCGGCGACGGUUAGCGGCCUGUAACGGUCGCGGCGGGAGGACGGGAGCAGCCGGGCCCUGUCAGAAUCCACCCGGUUUGGCAGAAAUCAUGGAGGGGAUGACAGGACCGGACAGGUAUAGGUGGGCCGCUCCGGAUGAUGAGGAGCAGCCGGUGGCCGUGCUGGCCCUGGGCCAGCUGUACGGCCAGCAGGGAGACAGCGAGGAGCGGGCACGUCCCCGUGACGAUCCCUACGCCGAGAACUCCCUUGUUUUGGGGGGGCAGCCGUCCCUUCCUACGUUUUCGGAGGAUCGGAGGGGAACCAGGAGGUUGGUAAUGAAAAGGAAAGUGCUGAGGCACAGACCCGACGGCGGAGUGGAGGUCUCCGACGAGUCGGUGACCAGCGAGGUGGAGAGCGAGGCCGAGGUUUGGAGCCUGAGGCAGAAAACGCUUCAGCGAAGGACGAGUCCGGAGGACAGCAUCUCCGAGGGGGAAAUCGAGACGAGCAGCAGCUCCCUCGAUGAAUCCCCUCACCGGUGGCCCCGUGGGGAGGGUCCCCGCUCCCUCCUCAGGGAUUUGGGGAGCCGGAGCUCUCCCGCUUCUCAGUACGCCACUGCGGUGGGACAACCCAAAUCCUUCAUUCCUCCGCGGUUUGAGCCGCUGGGACGUAACCGGGGAAAAACCGACCCGGUGGCCAAAUAUUUUGAAUAUAAACAGGAAUGGGAGAAAUUUCGAAUCCCGGGGGAGGAUUGGCGACAAGAACUGCGCUGGGGCAUCCGGGAGCAGAUGCUCUGCCAGCCCGAGCUCCCCAUCAGACCGCGGCGUCCCGCCGUCCCCAACGCUUACGCCGUCCCCACCGAGAAGAAGCGAGCGGCCUUGCGCUGGGGGGUGCGCUGGGACCUGGCCAACGGCCUCCUCCCCAGGAAAAACACCUCCUCCUAG